UCGGGUUUUUCCAGGCAGAGCAGAUUUUUUCCUGUCACUGUGGUGUCGAGAUCAUUCAUAGAGAGAUUUUAAACUGCUUGUGAAAGAUCGGACCUGCAGCUCAGAUGAUUCGGAUCGGACUUCAGAUCAGUCUCAUCUCCUUAGUUCUUCUGCUUCACUGUCUUCCCAGGACCAGUGCAGCGGUGUGCAGCCAGGAGCAGUUCAGGUGUGGAAAUGGGAAGUGCAUCACCAGCCGUUGGGUUUGUGACGACACAGAUGACUGUGGUGACGGAUCCGAUGAACUUGUGUCUUCUUGCAAAGAGAAGACGUGUGUGACGGGUCAGUUCAGCUGCGGCGGGCGUCUCAAUCAGUGCGUGUCCUCCAGGUGGCGCUGUGACGGCAAAGCCGACUGCGAGAACGGAGCGGACGAGCAGGGCUGCGUGCUAAAGAACUGCACGGACGGAGAGUUUCGCUGUACGAGCGGUCAGUGCGUGUCGCUGUUGUUCGUGUGCGACGAGGAUUCCGACUGUGACGACGGCAGCGACGAAGCUUCCUGUCCCGCCCCCACCUGUAGCCCCGGCUCCUUUCAGUGCAAUAACUCGGUGUGUGUGCCUCGUCUCUGGGCCUGUGACGGCGAGCCCGACUGCGCGGACGGCUCGGACGAGUGGCCGCAGAACUGCGCUUCUGGGACGGCGCAGCGCUCGCACGACAACUGCAGGACUCACGAGUUUCGGUGCGGCAGCGGCGAGUGCGUUCACGGUGGCUGGAGGUGCGACGGAGGCUUUGACUGCAGCGAUCGUUCGGACGAGUACAACUGCACCACGCCCACCUGCCAUCCGUUUGAGUUCACCUGCGCAGACGGCAGCUGUGUUCCAGGAAAUCGUCAGUGUGAUGGGAAUGAUGACUGUCAGGAUGGCAGUGAUGAGACGGACUGCGUCAGAGUGACCGCGUGCGACGGCUCGAGCAGGUUCAAGUGUCACAGCGGCGAGUGUAUCAGUAUGGAUAAAGUGUGUGACAGUCAGAGGGAUUGUCGUGAUUGGUCAGAUGAGCCUGUCAGAGACUGCAACACUAACGAGUGUCUUAAGGACAACGGCGGCUGCUCUCACAGGUGUAAUGAUCUGAAGUUGGGUUCUGAGUGUUUGUGUCCUGAAGGUCAUCGCCUCAUCAAUCACACACACUGUGAAGAUGUGGACGAGUGCGCAGACGCAGACACCUGCAGUCAGAUCUGCAUUAAUCUGAUUGGAAGCUUUAAAUGUGAAUGUAACGCCGGCUAUGAACUGGAUCACAUGACCAGAGACUGUAAAGCAGUUACAGCAUCAGCAGCGUUUCUGCUCUUCAGUACUCGUCAUGAGGUGAGGAAGAUGAUGUUGGGCAGCAGGGAGUACACAUCACUUGUCCCGCAGCAGAAGAAUGUUGUGGCUUUAGAUGUGGACAUUCCUAAUGACAGAAUCUUCUGGUCUGAUGUGAGCCAGAAAACAAUCUACAGCGCACUGGCUGGUGACCCCGCCCACCACACCACUGUGAUUGACAGCCAAAUCUCCACCCCUGAGGGCCUGGCAGUGGAUUGGAUCCAUGGAAACAUCUACUGGACUGACAGCCAGUUAGGAACCAUCUCCGUGGCAACCACAGACGGGUUAAAACGCAAGACUCUCAUCAGAGACGGAUUACAGAAUCCUCGCGCCAUUGUUGUGGACCCUCAUCGAAAUUUUAUGUUCUGGACGGAUUGGGGCAUUUCGGCUCGCAUCGAGAGGUGCGGUUUGAACGGUGCGGAUCGGACGCCUCUGGUCACAGACAACAUCGCGUGGCCCAAUGGCAUCACACUGGAUAUGCUGAAUCAGCGUCUGUACUGGGUGGACUCAAAGAUGCACACACUGUCCAGCAUCAGUGUGACCGGAGGAGAACGACACACAAUCAUCUAUGAUGAACAGAAGCUUCUACAUCCACUCUCACUGACUGUGUUUGAGGAGAAGGUCUUCUGGACGGAUGUGUCUAAUAACGGCAUUUGGAGCGCAAACCGAGAGACGGGCCGAGACGUCACAGCUGUAGCUCAACACCUGCAAUCACCUGGAGAUAUUGUGCUGUAUCACAGCCUCAAACAACCGACAGGGCAGAACUGGUGCAGAGAGGCGGAGCUUGACAAUGGUGGCUGUGACUUUCUGUGUCUGCCGGCACCGGCGAUUAACAAACGCUCACCCAAAUACACGUGUGCGUGUCCUGAUCACAUGACCCUGGCGGCAGACAUGAGGAGGUGCGUCUCAGUUUCAACACCUGCAGCCACGACUACAACGCUGUUACCCACGACAACCAGAACUCCAUCCAGAACCAUGACAUUAUCACACCGUCAGAAGAAGCCGAGUGAAGACACCACUCAGAUGAGAGGGAUUAAUGAAGCACAAGAGCCGAUCUCCAGCCCUUUCCCUCAUCCCACAGUCCUGUACAUCACACUUCCAAUAGUCGCCUUGUGUCUGAUGGUGUUUGGUGGUGUGUUGCUAUGGAGACACUGGCGUCUAAAAAACACCAACACAAUUCACUUCACCAACCCAGUGUAUCAGAAGACAACAGACGACACCGUCCACAUCUUCAGAAGCCCCAGUCUGGAUGGCUACACACAUCCAUCGUGUCAGAUGGUCGCUUUGGAUGAAGAAACGGCCUGACGCAUCUACAGUGACGUCCAGAAAUGUGUGCCUGAGGUCAAAAGAAACGCUGCUCUGAAGUGAACUGAAGAUGACACACUUGUGUGUGUGUGUGUGUGUGUGUGUGUGUGUGUGUGUGUGUGUGUUAUAAUAACCUUUUAUUGGAGAUACUUGAACAUCUGACGGACUUAAGAGAUUCACAGGAUCUAAAUGCCCUUAAGAUGCUUUGAGACACAUGAAGUACUCAUAAGGUGCUGCGGUCUCUGUAAAGUCAUGCUUUGCACUCAAGAACAAUGCAGCUGUUUUAUAUAGAACUUCUUUAACAUUCAUUGAUGGAAGGUAUUAACACUCUACGUAUACUCACAUAUUUAACCUAAUGUUUGUAAAUAUUGAUUAUAUUUAUAUGGAAGGCAGAUAGCCGUCUCUCUUCUUGCACUAUAUCUGUCGACCUUCACUUUUUAUAAAUGCGCAGGGCUUCUUUAAUGAUUCAAAUGAAACGGUGUGAGAGCUUUUUCUGUUUGCUGUACAUUCUGUUACUCGUGUGAAUGUAGUGGGUUGUUUUUAUAUCCAUCACUGCAGGAAGUUUCUCUGUCAUGUCUGCGAGAUCAGCGCGUGUCGUAGAUCUCAGAAUUCUUACACGAUGCCUUGAAAAGUUCUCAGGUGUUCUGUCAUCAUGAUGGAGAACCAUUUGCUUGUUAUUGUCAGACAUGCAGGUACAAUGUUAUCAGAAGAGUUCCUUUAGAUUUGUUGUUAUCACAUGUUAAAUGAAGAAUCUCGUCUGUAAAUAUUGUCAUGUCACACUUUUAAAUCUAAGACUUGUAACUUGUACAAAGAAAAUGACUUUUAUUUAUUCUGUAUUAGUUUAUUUUUUAUAUUUUUGUGGUGAAAAUGUAUGUAAUGAUUUUGUGGGAUGGAAAACCAUCCUGAAAUGUUACUGCACUACAGAAAGACCUUCCUUUCUAUGUUUGAAGGAUAAAACCCAAAUGUGAAGCAUUAAACCAGGUUUGUGCCUCA